AUGAAAAUUCUAUGUUUCCUAUUCCAUUAUUUCUUUUUACAAUAUUUUUAAUUCAUAUUUUCUAAAAAGUAUCAAUAAAUUCUGAGCGAUUAAAUAGGUAAUAUAUGGGUGAAGAAUAAUUAUAGUUAUAUUUAAACUAAUGAAUAGAACGCUUUGUAAAAAAGUUAUGAUAUCUACUACUUCUAAAAAAGUAGACAAGGUAGUGACGAAAGUAAAAUUAUUAGAUUAAUUCUCAAAUUUGAACACAUGUAUACUAAAAUGAAUAAGCAAAGAGUCAAUUUAACUUAAUUGAGACUGAGAGAUUUUCCAGUAAUUUGUUGGUCUGUAACAGAAAUGGAUACUAGUUUAGAAGAAAAAAAACAACUGUACGUCAAGUUCUAUGGUUAGAAAAUAAGUAAGUGA